AUGGCUGGUUUCCAUUCUAAACAAUGGGUCUUGAUGUUAAAAUCCGCGGCCCGCGGAUUAAGAGAUGCUGAGUAUCUGGAAAUGGUUUCCUUUAUCCUAUACGGAUGCAAGCAUGAAUCGUCUAGAGGCUGGGCAGAGGAUUUGAGUGGUAAUCUAAGGGUCCUAAGUGUCUAUGGUUUCACAAUUUUGUUUUUGCACAAUGAGUUGAGGACGGGAGUGCCUGGCGGCAAGCCACUGUGCCUAAUGCACCAAGAAUACGAGAUGGCGAAAUGCGUCAAUAUCGAAGAGAUCGAGGAAAGUCAAAAUAAGGGUGUUGACCUCAGAUUGCCUCAUUUGCAAAACAGCAAGGAUCCAUCAUGA